AUGAAAAAUCACUCAGACAAGACAGGAGAGGUGCUUUUUUAUGAAGUCGAACUGAUCGUCGUUCCGGUGCUGUUUCUCCUGGCUUUUCUGGUCACGCUGAUCAUUUUGUUUGUGCUCAAAUGCUCCUACAAGCCAUCACAUCUUUAUGGACACCACAGAAAUGAAAAAGAUGACACACAACACCAUCAUAACACACAGAGACACCGUAACAGCAACAGACGGCACCUGCAAGGCAUUGACGCUCCAGCAGAGCUGAACCCAUUGGAACAUGAGGUUAUUCCCAUGACAGCCCAACCUCACCAUGACAUGCAGAAUUCAAGCCCUGCAGUACCUCAGCAAACCACCGGGAGGCAUCCGGACCUCUUUCAGCUGGUCUCUCCACUUCCUCUCACCUUCUCAGUAAAAGCAGACAACACCGUCACAUUGCACAGAGCUGUCAUGGACAGACAGCCAGUCGUUUUACGAGUGCUUAAAGAAUCAGCCAGUGCCAAAGAGUGCCAGUCCUUUCUGGGGUUUGCCCACUUCCUUUCAGAGUUGGGACCGCAUCCAUCGUUACCCAAAUUGCUGGGGGUGGUGUCUGUGCGGACACCGUUGAUGAUUGCCGUAGAGGAGCUGGAACACCGUGACCUGCUGAGCUUCCUGUGGAGGUGCAGACAGGACCACACAGGUCAGGAGGCACCGUGUGACGUGACUGAAAGACAAAUCUUUACCAUGGGCGCUCAGAUUGCAUCUGCUCUGGAGUAUCUGCAUAGUAAGAACUACAUCCAUGGCCAUGUCAAGGCUCGAAGCGUCUUGGUUGGUCGGGAUCUGUCGGUCAAGCUGUGGGAUUUGGGUCCGGCAUAUCACAGAAAAAUGAGUGCAGCCUCUAUGGAUGUAGAAGAUAUAGAAAUGAGAAAAUGGCAAGCUCCAGAAGCAUUAGCACGGCAACCUCUCCAGCAAAGCAGCGACAUAUGGUCCUUUGGCAUUUUGCUGUAUGAGAUGGUGACAUUAGGAGAGCCGCCCUUUCCCAACAUCAUGGCCAGCGAACUUCUGCAGCAUUUACAGAGAGUGAACACACUAAAGAGACCACCCAACUGCUGUAAUACACUAUAUUCUAUUAUCAAAUCCUGCUGUCAGUGGAAACCAAAGGAUCGAGUCUCAUUGGCUGAGCUGAUCAGAAAGCUCCAAUCAGGAGAGAGAAGCGCCAAUGAUCAAGCAGUGCUGCAAGUGUCUGAGCCGCUGGACAUCGAGAAAUACAUGCGAGAGGCGGGCUAUUAAGAAUCAUUCGAUUAUGCUGUGCUCUAAUGAUCCCUUUAUGUACUUGAUCAAAUCCAAGACUCACCAAAGGAGCUGCGCACUAGCUAUAAAUAAACAAACAGUUAAGGUUUGAGAUUAGCACUUUCAAAGGAUUACAGAAACUGCCUGUUACAGACAGUGAUAUCACUCUAUCAAAUGUAAAGAAGCACAUUAUCUCAUCAAGCAAGCAUGUGCUAUUAUUCAGGACUUUAGAUUAAGGAUAAAGGCUAAAAGCUUAAUUGCAACACAAUGAGAACGAGGGGAUGUAAAAUACGCAACAGCGUAAGAUUGUGUCAUAUAUGAAAUAUGCAGCUAAUAGACAAAAGCUACAAUGUAAACAUCUAUGAAACCACACA